CUCUUGAGAUUAAUGACCGGAGUGCGCACAUGAUCAUGCGCAGCGCACAUGUCUGAGCAGCACAGAGAUGGAGUUCAGAGAGCUGGGAGCGGAUGAGGGCUCUGAGGGAGAUACGGAGGAUCUGGAUAGUGUCAAAGCCCUGACCGAGAAACUCAAACUCCAGACACGCAGACCGUCCUACCUGGAGUGGAAGGAACGACUGCAGUCUCGGCCGUGGACUGAUGGAGCCGCGCACGGUUCAAAUGUCGGCAGCCCGGGUUCUGUGGAGAAGGACAGCCAAAUGUCAGACAUCUGGAAAGAUGGCAUGCCUUAUAAGAAUAUAUGUGGAUUUGACACCAUAGACGACGCGUUAGAGUGGCUCAGAAGCGAACUGAGGGAGAUGCAGAUGCAGGAUAACCGUCUAGCGCGCCAGUUGAUCCGCUUACGAGUGGAGAUCCACAGGCUGAAGGUGGAGCAGGUGUGCCACCGUCACAAAGAGAUGCUGGAUGACGCCACUUAUGAGCUGGAGGAGUGUGAGGAGGACUCAGACCUACUGUGUGACAUCCCCAUGAAAGCCGCCUUCACUCUUUCCACACCUCUCAAACAUCUGGGUCUCACCAAGAUGAACCUCAACUCCAGACGAUUCUCACUCUGUUGAGAGACUCUACUGAGUACACAACUUUUUAUGCAGUGCAGACACUGGAAGCCAAUUUUGGUGUUAAAAUUGGACUAUUAUAAACAAUAUCAUGGUAACAUUUUUCAAUAAGGUCCCAUUAGUUGUAUUAAAGGGAUAGUUCACCCAAAAAUGAAAAUUUCCUCACCAUAUAGACACACUUGAGUGGUUCUAAACUUUCAUGAAUAUCUUUCUUUCAAAACAAGAUAUUCUGAAGAAUGUUGGAAAGCAGCUUCCAUUGCCGGAACAAAAAAAUACUACGGAAGUCAACAUUCUUCAAAAUAUCUUCCUUCAUGUUGAACUAAGAUGGAGGGUGAGUAAAUGAUAGCAAGUUUAUUUUUUGGGUGAAUUAUACCUUUAUCUACAAUGAAAAACAAUUAGGGGAGAGUGAUAUGCUAAAAUGAAAAAUAAAAUAUGUCCAACUCAGGAUGAUCUAGUAAGAAGAACUAAUUAACAUUCAAAUGUACCUACAACAUGAUUUAAGUUAUAAUGUCAUUAGUUAAGAUUGAAAUGCUUCAAGUGACAUUUUUAGGCUUAUCUGAAUGUGUAAGAUGGCCAAAUGGCUAAUUAUUACUUAUGAUCAACUUAUUACUGAUAUUAUCAUCAUAUUAUAGUCAUGUCAUAAUUUUGUCUCUGAUUUUGCUGAUUUAAAUUGAACUUUUUGAAAAUUCAAAAUAUUAGGUAUAGAAGAGUGAAUUUGUGCAAAUCAAUUAGUCCUGACUAGAAUUACGCCUACAACUUCCUUCAGAAUGUUUUUCACUCAUCCCUAGUUGUAGUAUUUAUUAGUCUUUGUUAGUGUUAGUUUGCUAUUCAUUGUUCGUUCUCAUCAGUCACUCACUAUAAAAGAUCCUUUAUUGGCAUUGAAAAUCCAUAGAACCCUUUCAUAUUAAAAUGUUCUUGGCACUUCUCUUCAGUAAAAAGUUAUUGUGGAACAAAUUAAAAGUUGUUUUAAAAUUUAAUUACAGUUGUGAAUUGCAUUAUAAAUAAUAAUAAUAAUAAUAAUAAUUCCUUACGUUUAUAUAGCACUUUUCUAGACGCUCAAAGCGCUUUCCACAGCGCUAGGUGCCGGGGGAAACUCCUCAUCCACCAUCAGUGUGCAGCAUCCACCUGGAUGAUGCGACAGUAGCCAUAUUGCUCCAGACCACACACUAGCUGAUUGGUGGAGAGGAGACAAAGUGAUGAAGCCAAUUAUGAUAUGGGGAUGGUUAGGAGGCCAUGAUGGACAGAGGCCAAUGGGCAAAUUUGGCCAGGAUGCUGGGGUUAAACCCCUACACUUUUUCAAAGGACAUCCUGGGAUUUUUAAUGACCACAGAGAGUCAGGACCUCGGUUUAAUGUCUCAUCCAAAAGACAGCAUUCAGUGAGCAGUAAAGAGUCCCCUUCACUAUACUGGGGCGUUGGGACCCACACAGACUGCAGGUUGAACACCCCCUGCUGUCCUUACUAACACCACUUCCGGCAGCAACCUAGCUUUUCCAUGUGGUCUCCCAUCCAGGUACUGACCUGGCACAGCCCUGCUUAGCUUCAGUGGGCGACCAUGCGUGAGCUGCAGAGAGCUAGCUGCCGGCAAAUGGGUCCUUGAUCUCUGCUCUGUCGACUUUUGAUGUUGAAAAUUAAACUGCAAUAAUUUAAUAUAUAAGAAAAGAAAUAUAAAGAAAUAAGUCUGUAAAAAAAAUGUACUGGCAUUUUUUUACAAUGUUUUUGUUCCAUAAUUUGCAACACCAAUUCAGACAAUAGAUCACUUUAAGCUGUUAAAAAUGUUCAUAAAAGUCACUUUUUCAAUCUUUUCAAGGUUAAAAGUUGUUGGAAGAAAUAUCAAGGUCCCAUAAUACAAUUCAAAAGCAUAAAUAUAUGGGGAAAAAUAAAAAUACGAAUGCCAAAAAACGAAAAACUGCUCAUUUACUAGAUAAAAAACUUUUGGUUCUUUCUGGCACCGUUAGUGUACAUUAAUAAUGUAUUAGUCUGUUUGAAUUAACAUUGAGGAAGAUGAUGUUUUAGGCAUAUUUCAUUAUUAGUUCACGUUAACUGAUUUCUAAAAAAGGAACCUUAUUGUAAAAUGUUACCAAAUUCACCGAGCCUUACUGACUAGACAACAGGUGAUCAUAAGAGGAAAACAGCACUACAACAGCAGUCCUUGAUCUGCUAUACGACGAUAAAGCAACUUGUGUAAGUGAAUUUGCCUCAGCCCAGUGUUGGAAAACAUUCUUUAAUUAAAUUUAACAACAUCUGAAGUGACCCGAGAAUCAGGAGGAACCUGCUUCUGUAUGUGUGAAUAGGUGUGUGAUUAACACACAUCAGAGAAGGAAACACUGUGUCCUGUCAGGUUGGCUUCGGUCCCGAGCAGCAGCUUCGCAGGAAGUGUGAGUUUGUAUUCAGGCAUUUUAUCACCUUGUCUCCUAAACCCUAAAAAUAACCAAGAGCUGCAUCAAAUGAAAAGCCAAUCUCAGCUUCUGUUCUGCAUGAUCAGUCCACUGUCUAAAGUUGAGGGUGUGUUUUUUGGUUGAUGUUUGAGAAAGUUUUAUUUACACAGUGAGGUCAGUAGGUUUAAAUAAUUUUAUAGUGUUGUUUGUACCUCUGUAGAAUCCAUUGAAGUUUGAUUUACUUUAUUACAUGGCAUUGGAGAUAUGGCACUGUGUUUGUGCCGUAGAUAUUUAAUGCAAACCUAAAAAUAAUAAAAAAAAUCUCUUUGAUAGAAUCAAAACAUAACAAAGAGGAUCUUUAUAUUUUAGUGAAUUUCAUAUAUACACACACACACA